AUGCGAGUUCUGUGCCUGCAGAAUGAAUGUCCAAUCUGUCGACAGGAUCUUUCAAGGGUGGUGUUUACGGAUAAAAUCCAGCCAUAUAAAGAGCUUCGGAACCAAGAAUUUCCUGAUCGACUGUUUGAAAGACAAUUCAAGAUAGGGUUUUGUAGCGAGGAGAUAAAAAAAGCGUAUGAAAAGCUUCUGGAGAACUCGUGUUCCAUAUGUGACCGAACACCUUUCCGUACAUUUUCAAUGCUAAGUGACCAUAUGAGGAAGGUCCACGAACGACACUACUGCGACCUCUGUGUGAAACAUCUUAAGAUAUUCACCUGUGAAAGGAAAUGCUAUACCAGACAAGAAUUAGCACACCACCGACGAAAAGGCGAUCUAGAUGAUACAUCUCACAGGGGUCAUCCUUUAUGCGAGUUCUGUGAGGAAAGGUUCAUGGAUGCUGAUGAAUUGUACCGUCAUCUUCGUAAGGAACAUUUAUAUUGUCACCUCUGUGACGCUGACGGUAGGAAUCUAUACUACGCGUCGCACGCGGCGUUGGCUCAUCAUUUCCGAACCGAACAUUAUCUAUGCGAGGAGGGAGAAUGUGCUGGACAACAUCUCACAGCUGUCUUCAGGAGCGAAAUCGAUCUUAAGGCUCACCGUGCCACAGUCCACGGCAGAGGCCUGGCUCGCGGCGCCGCCCGACAGGCUCGAACCCUGGAGCUCCAGUUUAAUAUAACGCCACACCCGGUUGUCCGCGCCACCAGGGACCGUACUGAGCCGGCUCCGCCGCCUGCCCCAAGCCCCGCCCCCCCGCCUGUGGCCAUCGACCCGAGGAGUGACGAACAGUUCCCAAGGCUGUCAUCGGCACCCCCCGCGCCCACACCGCUGCUGGCAGCGCCUAGAUCGUUGAGAGGUUCGGAAGGUUUAGCUCGUACGGAACGUAAUUUCCCCGCCCUGGACGGUUCUCGAGCCGCCCCCGCCCAAACUUCCGCCCAGGCGUCUCGACCUGCCGCCCCAGUAGCCGCGGCUGUGCUUAGAAACUCCUCCAAGCCAAGCGUGUCCAUUCAGCUCCACAGUCAACCCAGCGCCAGUAACUUCAGGUUGACUCAGACUAGCGGCAAUCGUAUCUCUAUACCGCCGCAGAAGAAACAACACAAUCAUUUGUCGGAUGAAGAUUUUCCUUCACUUGGACAUCCUCGAGAUGAUCAUCCUAGUAUUGGAGCCGGUACUAUACAACCUUCCAAGGUCACCUUGAUCAACAGCGAUGAACUGCGGUCUCUCAAGAACAGUCAACAAGUGAGUCAGCCUAAGAAGUUCCAAUCAAAGUCUAGUUCGGAAGCUUUUCCCGCGCUUUCCUCAUCGUCGGUGCCAGCGACACCACCGCAAUGGAUAACCGUGUCCAAAACUAAAGAAAAAUCCAAGCCUAAAGCAGAAGCGCCAGCCAAACCACGAAGCCCUGUGUUCAAUCCCGUAGCAGAUUUCCCUACUCUACCUAUCAACGCGAACGCCAAAAAUAAACCCAAAAAAACUCAACCUCAAUCACAGCCGCCAACAAUAAACACGUCUCAAAAUGACAACUCAAAUAAAAGUAAAAAGGAGAAGAAGAAGCAGAAUGCCAAUUCUAAGAAAGACGUGAAAAUAGAUUACGAUCUGGUGAACGGUGUGAAUGAGGUCGACAUCAAGAAGGAAUACAUCGUCGCUAGCGUGAACGCCAACAACAACAGCGGGGAUUCAGACAAAAAAGUUAAGACGAUCGCGAACGACACAACAACAAAUUCUACCAAAAAUUCGUCAAACGAUAACUUUAAACUGGCGCCCAAAGAGUAUCCGCCGUUGAAUCCCAAAGCUGCAGAAACUAAGAUGCAGAAUGGAAGCGUACCUCCCGGGUUUAAAAAAAGGCCGGCCUGUGAUGGGAUGAUGUUCACAAACUCAUCGGGACAGACCUUCCCCGCUCCGCUACACACGUACAUCCCGCCGCCGGACUUCGAACAGAGGAACCGGGCGCUGGUUAGGAAGUUCGCGGUCGCCCUCGGAGGCGCGGCCGCCGUAGAAAACUUCAAGGUCGCCUCAAGGGCGUUCCGCGACAGCAUUCUCAGCGCUGACGAUUUCUACCAGCACUGCAAAUCGGCGCUCGGACCACAAUUGGAUUCUGUGUUUCCGGAUCUAGUGGCUUUAUUGCCUGAUAUAGCGAAACAACAGGAAUUGGUGAUAGGAAGGGAUAUAAGUUCGAAGCUAGAAGUCUGUUCAACGUGCGGUCAGCUUUUAUCUCCCGCGGACAGCGUCGCCCACGACUCAGCCCACUGGCCGCCGCUAACCUCGCGCUAA